AUGGCUGACCUGUGCUUCGGUCACCCGCUGGGCCUUCUGGCCAAGAACGAAUUCAGUCCUUGGGUCGCUUCUGUGUUCGAGUCCUUGAAAAUGCUGCCGUUCGCUGCCAUUAUUAACUACUACCCCCUCUUCAAUGUGAUUUUCACCCGCGUCGAGCCCAAGUGGGCUACGGAGCAGCGCAUCACGCAUUGCAAACACUCGGCCGAGCGUGUUGAUCAACGGUUGGCUGAAGGGUUCGACCACCCGGAUAUCUGGAAUUCGGUCCUGUCGGCCCAGGAUGGCAGGGGACUUAGUUUGGAGGAGAUGCACUCUAAUGCUGAGCUCUUUAUGCUGGCUGGCUCAGAGACCACUGCCACCCUCCUCAGCGGCUUGACUUACUACCUUCUUACGAACCCGGAAAAGAUGAAGCUAUUGAAUGAUGGAAUUCGCAGUGCCUUCAGCAGCCUCAAGGACAUAGGCUUCGACAGUCUCGCCAACCUGAAAUACAUGAAUGCCUGUAAGUCCUGUUCUAGGAACUGUGACGCCUGUCACCCGGUCGAUUAG